AGUUCCUACAAAAUCCAUAUCAAGCUCUGGGCCAAACUCGCCGUUGCUAUAUGGGCUGAUCUACUUUCCGUCAAAGCCCAAUUUUCCCUCUUAGAGAAACCCUAGCCCUUAUAAACCACCCAACCCCUUAUUCUCCAUCGUCACAGUUUCCUGCUCGCACACUUUAUCUCUCUACAGCAUCUGCUGUAUUUAGCUAAACCCUAGCCGUAAACCUAGAACUUGAAAGCAACAACCAUGGCGGAGCGGGGAGGAUUUGGCCGUGGAUUCGGUGGAAGGGGUGGAAGAGGCAGCGACCGCGGCGGAAGGGGCCGUGGGGGUCGUCGUCCCCGCCGUGAUACAGAGGAGGAGAAAUGGGUACCCGUGACAAAGCUAGGAAGGCUGGUUAAAGAUGGGAAGAUCAAGUCAUUGGAGCAAAUCUACCUUCACUCACUCCCAAUUAAGGAGUAUCAAAUCAUCGAUAACCUCAUCGGACCAUCACUCAAAGACGAAGUGAUGAAAAUCAUGCCGGUUCAGAAGCAGACACGUGCCGGUCAGAGAACCCGGUUCAAGGCCUUUGUUGUUGUCGGUGAUGGUAAUGGUCACGUUGGACUGGGUGUUAAGUGCUCGAAGGAAGUGGCUACUGCUAUACGUGGAGCGAUUAUAUUGGCGAAGUUGUCAGUGAUUCCAGUGAGGAGAGGUUAUUGGGGGAAUAAGAUUGGGAAGCCACACACAGUGCCUUGUAAGGUUACUGGGAAAUGUGGUUCUGUUACUGUGAGGAUGGUCCCUGCUCCUCGUGGUGCUGGUAUUGUUGCUGCUCGUGUUCCUAAGAAGGUUCUUCAGUUUGCUGGUAUUGAAGAUGUCUUUACCUCUUCUCGUGGAUCCACCAAAACCCUUGGAAACUUCGUUAAGGCUACCUUCGAUUGUUUAAUGAAGACUUAUGGGUUCCUCACUCCAGACUUUUGGAAAGAGACUCGCUUCACAAAAUCUCCAUUCCAAGAGUACUUUGAUAUCUUGGCAAAGCCUGCCAAUAAGGUUAUUGUCUACGCCGCUGAGGAGGCAGCACCACCUGAGAGAGUUGAGGCUUGAUUUGUUAGAUGUUAUGCUCCCCGCUGUUUUGUUCUUGUAGUUUUCUUAUAUGAGAUAUUAGUAUCCUAAAUUUUGUUUUCUGUCCUGAGGAAUGUUUCUUUAGACUUGCAAAAGAAAAUGUUUCCUUUUUGUUCUUUUAUUUUCAUCAAUAUAUAUGAACCUUCUGCCUA